AUGUUUGGAACGGCGUUUAGAAAUGCAGCAAAGAAAUUGAAGCCAAAGAUGGGAGCGGUGACGCUGACAACGCCACCGGAACAGAGACAAACGAUAACCAGAACUCUCUUUGAUAUCGUCAAGGAGCAUGGUCCAAUCACAGUUUCUAACACAUGGGAACGCGUCAAGGAAGUUGGACUGAAAGAUUUGACAAGCAAGAAUCACAUGAAAGUAGUUUUGAGAUGGAUGAGAGAGAGACAAAAGCUUCGUCUUGUUUGCAACCAUGUAGGCGCUCAUAAACAGUUCCUCUAUACUACUUGGUUUACCAAACCAGGUACUGCUCAAGCUGCAAUAACAACGCCAACAACAACAACAGCGAGAAGCAUUCCUUCAAAGAAAAAGCUAGCACGAACUUGA